CCCGGAAGCACAUGGACACCAGCAGUGUAGAGGUGGACAUGUAACUUCUCAACACAACUAAACAUUUUCACCUUUUUUGUGCGUUGAAACGUGUGGUUUAGUUGUAAUUGUUACGUCGUUUAUACGCGUACGUUUGUUUUGUACGCGCGAAGCAGCCGCGUGUAAUUUAUUUCCAUCAUGGUUCGAGCUUUAAGGAGUAAAAAACCACAGAGGACAAAUAAGAAAGAGCAAUAUGAUGAAGAUGACCCUGAAGCCUACAAGAACAUGCCUGUGCCCGAUAAGAAAUCGACACAGUACACAAAGGACAUGGUUGAUGAAUUUCACGAUGAGAAGAUUGAAAAACUUCUCGCCCGUGGUGUAAACAUGGAGGCUGAUUCUGACGAAAUUGACGACGAGGAGGAAGUGAUGGCCCUGGAUGAUUCUGAGGAGGAGGAUGAGGAAGAAGAAGGGACAGACAUGGAGAGUGAUUUAGAGGGGAAAAAAGAGGAUGACCUUCCAAAUGAAAUGGCAUGGGGCAAAAAGAAGAAAAUGUUCUACGACUCCGACUAUGCGAAAUCAAAAGAUAAAGCUCAAGAUGUGUUGGAAGCUGAGGAACAAGAGGAAGAAGAAGAAGCUAAAAACAUCCAAAACCGUUUGGCUGCUAAUCUAAGCGAGGAGGAUUAUGAUUUAAGCUUUUUUCAGGAAUUCACUGCUGUUGGGGAGGAGGAUGAAAAUAAGACCACAGAACAAGAGGAGAGGAUUGUGAAAGACCUGCAGCAGAUGUCUCGGAAGGAAAAAAUGAAACUUCUGAAGAAGGAAUCACCAGAGCUGCUUGAACUGAUUCAGGACUUCAAAGCAAAGCUUUCUGAGCUGAAGGCUGAAUUGCAGCCUCUCAUGCAGAUGGUGAAGGAUGGAACGAUCCCACCAGGAAAGGGUGCCGACUACCUCAAAACAAAACAACAGCUGUAUCUCAAUUACUGCACAAACAUAAGUUUCUACUUGGUGCUAAAAGCGAAGCGAAUCCCUGCUCAUAACCACCCUGUGAUUGAGAGGCUGCUGACCUACAGAAAUCUCAUCAACGAUCUAGGAGCAGUGGACGCUCGACUUGCGCCAGAGUUUCGAAAGCUACUGUCUGGUGAGGAGGAAGGCAAGCCAGCAGAGGGCAAGAAAGUCUCCAGAGUCUCCAGUAAGAAGGAAAAGGAUUUUGGAGAAACUGUGCCUGAGGUUAAGACGGACUCCGACUCUGACCUGGAUGAGGAAUCCGCUCUGCGCUUCUACAGAGACGCAGAGGAGCGGUUAACACUGAAAAGAAAGAAGAAGAGCCCAGAAGAUAAUGUGUUGGAGGAAAAUAACGACAACGUCGUGGAGGAGCAGGAUCCAGAUGCAAAGAGAGGAAUCACUUACCAGAUGGCGAAGAACAAGGGGCUCACACCAAAGAGGAAGAAAAUUGACCGUAAUCCCAGAGUCAAGCACAGAGAGAAGUUCAGACGUGCCAAAAUCCGCAGAAAGGGACAGGUCCGUGACGUUCGUCGGGAGGAGACGCGAUACAGCGGAGAGUUGUCUGGUAUUCGCGCUGGUGUCAAGAAAAGCACCAAACUUAAGUAACCUGAACAAAAUCCAAAAUGUGUGUUUAAAUGUAGCUAUGGGAUUAGAAAAAUGUCAGCAUGUACUUCAAUGUUUAUUUCAAGUUACCCUUCUACCCGCCACUUAACUAACCAUCAGUAUCAUGGAAAAUGAAAAAUGAGCUGGAUUACUAUGGAGUGUGAUUAAACAUUUUAUACAAUUUCAA